AUGUGCCAACACAUCCUCAACGCCCAAGUGGCCAUCCGAUCCCCCUGCUGCAAGAAAUGGUUUGACUGCGCCGAAUGUCACCAGGAGAAAGAGUCACACAUGCUGGAGAAGUCAGCGGAGAUGGUGUUUGCGUGCAAGAAGUGCAAGAAGUGUUUCCGCAAGGACGCCGCCGAGUUCGAGGAGAGCGACGAGUACUGCCCCCACUGCGAUAAUCACUUCGUACUCGAGGCCGUGACCCCCAAGCCGACGUUGCAGGUGGAGGGUGAGGAUACCCGCAUGGAUAAUCGCAUGCUCAAGGAUGACCGCGUCCGUGGUGAUCAAGAGAAGUCGAUAUUCACGUUCAAGGAUAUCUCUGAUCGACUGGGUUAG